AAUCUAUCAUUCAUAAAAACCACCAACAACCAACAACACUAUGGUAGCUAAGAUUAUUGUUUUGUGUGCAACAUUGGCUUACGCCAAAGCUGGUUUUUUGGGUGCUCCAACUCUCUCCACUUACUCAACUGGUUCAAUCAUCUCUGACUACACCGCUGCACCAGCUCUCUCGUACGCUGCCCCAGCCAUCUCCACAUACGCUGCCCCAGCCGUUAAAGUAGCCGCCCCAGCUAUCUCUUACUCCGGUCCAGCUAUUUCUACCUACGCCGCCGCCCCAGCCAUCUCCACAUACGCUGCUGCUCCAGCUGUGACCAAAAUUUCUUCCGUAGCCACCUCUUCCGUCCACCCAGCCCCAGCUAUCUCCAGCUACGGUGCGGUUCCAGCUCUCUCUUACUCGGCUCCAGCCAUCUCCUCCUACGCCGCUCCCCCGGUUUUGUCUUAUGCUGCCCCAGCUGUCUCGUAUUCCGCCCCAGCCAUUUCCACUUAUGCUGCUGCCCCAGCUCUGAAAGUAGCUGCCCCAGCUUUGUCUUACUCAGCACCAGCUGUCUCUACCUAUGCUGCUGCUCCAGCUCUCUCCACCUACGCUGCCCCAGCACUGAAAGUAGCCUCUCCAGUAGCUUCCCUCGGAUACGCUGCCAACUACGGAUGGUAAAUCCUGUACUAGUUGAAAUGUUAUUGUAAAUAUUAUUAUUUAUUAUGAUAAUAAAUUUUUUACGAUUAAGUUAUUUAAUUUCAUUAAAUGUAUACA